GAGACUCAUAGGGUUUAAGAAGGGGCAGGGUCUUUGGUGGGCGUGAAGGCGCCGCCUCUCUUGUUCCGCUGCGCCGCCUCAUCAACUCUCGAUUGGUCUCCUCUUUCGAUCACUGAUGUACACUCUCGUCCCCUAGCUCGCAGCACUCUGACCGCUGAUCGAUUUUCGUCGUAAAGCUUGGAUUUUUCAGUGUGAUGGCGCUGUCUGCAUCGUUCCAAUCCUAAGGUUCGUGCACCUUCUCCAGACCGCUAUCAUUUUGAGAGAUCGCGGCUCCAGUUCGUCGUCGGGCAGCAUAGGUAUGUGGCGCAGCAUUGCAAGAACGGGAGUCCGAUCCUCUCGUAACCUCAGAUUGCCUGGUGGUCGGUCGGAUACGCACCCUUCCGUCUCGGGAUUUCUAGGUUCCUCUCCAAAUUCAUUCCCACGCGAGGAAAGUAAGUUCUUGGAUGCGCCGCUAGCUGCUAAGCUCUUGGGCGCCGGGUGCCGACGCGAUGGAGAGUGUUUGCCGGAUUUAUGGCGUAUGAAUCCGUCAAUUUUGGGGGCAUCUGAGUUAAUUUCGAAUUCCAGGAGCUUCUCCAGCGUCGCAAAGACUGUCUCUUCUUCUGAUGUGGACGAGGCGGAGGCUGCCUUUACUGAUGCUGAUGAAGAUAUCUCGAUAAGUGGGGUGGUGCAGCCCUUGUUUCAGUUGAAGAAUAAUGACGUUAGCCGAGGCAAGGACAAGGAGGAAGGGGUUAUAUCUGAGAUUAAGCUGAAUCAUCCGAAGGAGAUAGAAGGAAUCGAUUCAGCCAAGUAUGCAGCUCUACACCAGAGACAAAUAAAGUUGGAGACUGACGCUUGGGAGGCAGCGGCAAAAGAGUACAAGGAACUCUUGAUGGAAAUGUGCAAGAAAAAGCUAGCCCCCAAUUUGCCAUACGUCAAGUCCUUGUUCUUGGACUGGUUUGAACCAUUCAGGGAUCAGAUAGCUGCAGAGCAGGAAAGGUGUAAGGGUCAAACAAAGUUACCAUAUGCUCCGUUUUUCAAUCUCCUUCCAGCAGAUAUGAUGGCAAUCAUCACCAUGCACAAGCUUAUGAGUCUUCUAAUGACGGGUCGUGGAGAUGGGAUUGUCCGUGUAGGUCCAGCUUCAUGCAAUGUUGGUGAGGCUAUUGAGCAAGAGGUUAGAAUUCACAGUUUUUUAGAGAAGACAAAAAAGAAAGAUAACAAGAAAAAGACAACUGAAGAAGAGGAGGGUGACACUGUGACAAAGGAUCAACAGUUUUUGAGGAAGAAGGUAAAAACUUUGAUAAAGAAACAGAAGCUUCGCCAAGUAGCGCAGAUUGUUAAGGGCCAAGAUGAGUCAAAGCCCUGGGGUCUGGAUAUGCAUGCCAAGGUUGGGAGCCGUUUGAUUGACCUAUUAUUGGAGACAGCUUAUUUACACUCCCCUGCUAGCCAGUCAGCAGAUGGUCUUGUAGAUAUUCGACCGGCAUUCAGACAUUGCCACAGAACUAGGACCGAUGAUCAACAAAAGCCUGGCCGCCUUUUUGGGGUUAUCGAAUGUGAUCCAUUAGUUCGGCAAGGAUUAGACAAGACGGCAACACACAUUGUUAUGCGUUACAUGCCUAUGUUGGUGCCUCCAGUUGGUUGGACAGGGUACAACAAAGGAGGACAUUUUUUUCUACCAUCUUAUGUAAUGAGAAUACAUGGGGCAAGACAACAAAGGGAGGCAAUUAAAAGGGCUCCAAGAAAGCAGAUGCAAACUAUCUUUGAGGCUCUGGACACGCUUGGUAGUACUAAAUGGAGGGUAAACAAAGGGGUACUUAGUAUUGUAGAAAGAAUAUGGUCCAAUGGAGGAUGUCUUGCUGGCUUGGUUGACCGUGAAGUUAUCCCUCUUCCUGAGAAACCUGAUACUGAAGAUGAGACUGAACUUCGGGCGUGGAAGUUGAAAAUGAGAUUUGUUAAGAAGAAAAUUAGCGAAAGACAUUCUCAAAGCUGUGAUGUGGAACUUAAACUCUCUGUAGCUAGAAAGAUGGUAGAUGAGGAGGGAUUCUAUUAUCCACACAACCUGGACUUCAGAGGGCGUGCUUAUCCAAUGCACCCCUACCUAAACCAUCUUGGUUCUGAUUUAUGCCGAGGAAUUUUAGAGUUUGCAGAGGGAAGGGCACUUGGAAAAUCUGGCUUACGUUGGUUAAAAAUUCAUUUAGCAAAUUUAUAUGGUGGUGGAGUGAAUAAGUUGUCUUAUGAUGGUCGAAUAGCAUUUACAGAAAGUCACUUGGAGGAUAUAUUUGACUCUGCGGAUAGACCACUUGAGGGUGGGCGUUGGUGGUUAGAUGCUGAAGACCCCUUCCAAUGCCUGUCAGUUUGUAUCAAUCUCGCUGAGGCAUUAAGAAGCUCUUCUCCAGAAACUACAAUUUCACACAUACCUGUACAUCAGGAUGGAUCUUGUAAUGGACUUCAACACUAUGCAGCUUUAGGAAGAGAUAAGUUUGGGGCUGCUGCGGUAAACCUAGUUGAUGGAGACAAGCCUGCAGAUGUUUACUCGGGCAUAGCUGCUGGGGUCCAAAAAAUCAUGCAACGAGAUGCACAGCAAGAUCCUGCUGAAAACCCAAAUGCUUUACUGGCCAGAGUAUUAGUUGGUCAGGUUGAUAGGAAGUUGGUGAAGCAGACUGUCAUGACGUCUGUUUAUGGUGUAACUUAUAUUGGAGCUCGAGACCAAAUAAAAAGAAGAUUAAAGGAUCGUGGUGUUUUUGCUGAUCAAAGAGAGCUAUCUAGUGCUGCUAGUUAUGCUGCCAAAACGACAUUGACUGCAUUAGGGGAGAUGUUUGAAUCUGCACGUUGUAUUAUGGGCUGGCUUGGUGAUUGUGCGAAGAUUAUUGCUACAAAAAACCAUGCAGUGAGGUGGACUAGUCCUCUUGGACUUCCUGUAGUUCAGCCAUAUCGUGCACUUGGAACACAACUUGUUAGAACAUCUCUUCAGGUAGUGUCCUUACAAAAGGAAACCGACAAGGUCAUGGUGAAACGACAAAGAACAGCAUUUCCCCCAAACUUUGUUCACUCUCUUGAUGGCUCUCACAUGAUGAUGACUGCAGUUGCCUGUAAAAGAGCAGGAUUAAGCUUUGCAGGAGUCCAUGAUUCAUUCUGGACACAUGCAUGCAAUGUCGACCAGAUGAAUACAAUUCUUCGUGAAAAGUUUGUGGAACUCUAUGAGCAGCCCAUAUUGGAAAAUCUAGUGGAAAGCUUUCAGCAAAACUUUCCGACCUUGGAAUUCCCACCUUUGCCGGAGCGGGGAGAUUUUGAUCCGAGAGAUGUUCUGAAUUCUACUUAUUUUUUCAACUAAUGUGACUGUUCCCUCCCAGCUCUUCGCCUUGAUGUUGGUUGUAAGACUCAAACAUCUGCAUCUUCGCUUGGCCAUGCAAGGAUAUUGCUUCUUCAUGCAGCAGUCUCCACAACUGAAGUUCAGGGAAAGUCGUUUCUGCAUUGAGUAUGUUUCGCCGAGGCCCAAAUUCGAUGAGAUUUAUUUAUCGAUUAAAUAAAUCAGUGCAGACGUCAGGGUAAAAGCAAUAAAAUGUUAAUCAGGGACAGGAUGAACUUCCUAUAUACGCACUGAACUAGCCUUGAGAAUGAGCAGGUAAGUUCGAGCAGUGGAAACUAUGACAAUGCCUCACAAUAAAUGCCAAGACAUUCGAGAUCACAGAGAUCUAGAUAAGCUUUUUGAGAAGUUUCUUUUUGUAAAAUUAGUUUGAAUGAGAUUUUGCUUGAGUUUUUUUUGUUGUUGUUGUUUUAUUUAUAUGUUCUUUGAUAUCAAAUAUACCUAGAAAAUUUGUAAGGAAAAUGUAGCAUAUACUUUGAAUUCUCUUCGGUUAAUGCUAUAUUGCUCUUGUUUAUUCCUUA